UUGGCGGGUGACCUUCACGUACAGUCUUUGCAGUCGGUGCAGUGUCGUUGACGGGUAUGAUCUUGGAGUUUGACAUUUCCGGUUUGACCGGCAUGUAACAAAACAUGGAAUAAGGCAGAAGGGAAUCCUCUGCUAACCCUUUUGCUCAUCGUGCAAUAGUUUUCCGAUUCACUGCAAUAGUGCGUGUGUAUUUACGGGUAAAUGAAACUUUUUAAAUUUAGUGAUGCUGGUUGAUAAUUGAUAGGCGAGGUAGGAAAAGGAUGUUUGAACAAAUCGAACAAAACGAAUCGCACGAGGAACCGAUUCGGGAUGAAGUUUAAGGAAAAGUUAACGGAAACCGGAACCGGUCAAUGCGCUUAUAUGGACGUUGACGCUAUCUACUUUCAACUCUUGCUUCUGCUGAAACAAGUUGUAUCAAGUACACAGGUUGAUCCAAUUGUAACAGUUAAUCAAUGUUCUGAAGGCAUUUCGAAAGGGAUGAUGCCGAAUUUCUACGAUCAUUCACGCCCCACUAUGGUACCCACCAGCUCGGCAAUGCUCGGGCCUCCUACCAUAAGUGGGGAUCAGCAUACGAAAAAACAGCAGAUUAUUCCUUUCGAUUUGGAAGCAACACUACAAGCUGUUGAUAAUGAGGUACUUGAAGGAGAAGAAGGAAGCUGUCCAAUUUGCAAUAAGACUUUUAGUAGGAAGACCUCUCUGCUGAAUCAUAUACGGAAUCAUACCGCUGAGAAGAAGUAUAUCUGCGAGUACUGCCAGAAAGGAUUCUCUCAGCAGGCCAAUCUUCGCAAUCAUGUUCGUAUUCAUACGAACGAGCGACCUUACGUUUGCAUAGACUGCGGUAAAGCGUUUACUCAAAUCACAAAUCUGAACAACCACAGACGAUUACACACGGGCGAAAGGCCUUACGUGUGCAUCGAAGCCAACUGUGGUCGGUCGUUUGCACAAGUGACAAACUUGAACAAUCACAUGAAAACUCAUCACAAAACCCAACAGUACGUAUGCAAUCAAUGUCCGCGACGAUUCUAUCAAGCGACACAGUUGAACCUUCAUUUAAUCUCGGAACAUAGUACUACGAAAACCUUUUUCUGUCCCCAAUGUCCCGAUAAGCGUUUCAAGUCCCAGUCACUAUUUCAACACCAUCUGAAAAUCCACGGUUCAAACUUUGGGUACCCGUGUUCGAAAUGCGACGAAAGGUUCAUUCAGGAAUCUCAUCUCAUACUACACAUGACACAUCAGCACGGAGAUUACGCGUGUAACAUGUGCUCGAUGACGUUCAACGAUGAAGUUUUGCUGAAAAAGCAUGUCCAAAGGCACUUGGAUGGAAGAUUCCUAACCUGCCCGGUGCUGGGCUGCAACGAGGGAUUCACAAUGAAAAACCAUCUGACGAAACACAUGCAGAUGCGUCACCCAGCGAUCGAUCUCAAGAAGGGUUCGCCUGCUUCCAUCGUGGAAGCAGCCAAGCGACCACCGAAACAUUGUUGCCAUUACUUCAACUGCAGUGAAUCGUUUGAUACCUCCGAUGGGCUGAGCCAUCACUUGCGGACAGUACACGGGCUUCCGAUUGCCAUGCCCGAGGAGAAAAAGCUACCACCCGUGGAGCGGGAUGUUAGUAUGGUUCAUGUCCCCCAUUCAACGCCCUCGAUACUAGGGGCUAGCUUUCAGUCCUAUCAGCAGCAGAUCAGCGAGGCGCAACAACAGCAAUCUCUGCUGUCGAUGAGCGACAAACAGAAACUUUAUUCGGUUUCCGAUUUGCUCAGUAUGAGCGAAGAGUUGCAGCAGCAUCAACAUCACCAGCAACAACAACAACAACAACAGAAACGUGUCCAGCACAACGGAACUGCCGAUGUCGAGCAAAACAUAGAAGACAGAGUUAACAAUCUAAGCCGCAUUAAAACGGAACUGCAAUCCAACAUGCAAAUUCACAGUUUAUUCGGUCUAACGAACUCGAUGUGCAUCAACUCGUUCUCGACGCCACCGGCCGCGAAGCUGGUGUGCAGCUAUUGCUACAACGUCUACAAAACGCCGCAGACCCUAUCGAGGCACAUCGAAAAGUUUCACAGCUAAAUCGGCAGGCAGACAUAUGGCUGUGUGAAAUAUUUCUCCGUCGCUGUAUCGCAACCGUUGUUGCAUGUCAAUCGUGUAGCGUGCUCCGGAUACAUGUCGCGUGCCACCGGUCGUGUUUCCUUGGCUACGCUGGAUUCUGAUAGGAAACAAUGAAAUGUACAUAGGUUUACGUCAGCAUUUAAGGAAUGUGCAAUAUUUCGAAAAUGAAUCAUCGUUGAUAAGUUUAAUCAUUUCAGUAACAAUCUCAAGAGCAAUCACUGAUAAAAAACGUGAAAUCAAUUACUAAAUUAGCUAACAAACCGCAUUGCAUGUGCAUCGACGGUUGCGAUACGUUGAUUUACAGUAAGAAAAGUACAAAAAGCACACCAAAGGUGUCGUUCCGAAAAUUUCUAAUCGCGCAAUUUGAGGAACAUAUCUUUGCAAGCGAACACACAGAAAUAAGAGCACAUCGAGUAUUUAAAUUUGGUUCGAUAAUGAUUGCAAUAUGACGUCUACAAUAUAGUACGGUGUUUUUAGCGAAUACAAGGUCUAUUAGAAAGUAUCCCAGGAAAAAAAAGAACGGAAGUAGGAUCUAGGUAUUUAAUUUCAUGUUUAAGGUUUCUGUAGAUAUUUACUUGAUGAUAAAUGGCAAUACGAUACGUUGGAGGGAUUUAUCAAUCGACUAAAUGUUCUAACGAAUCAGAUGUUUAGGUAAGACGCCAUGCUCCAGGGCAAAAUCAAAAGAGAAUCUUUUCCAGUCAAAUGUUUCGAAUAAGAUUUAUCAAAGACUAUUUUUGUAUUUCAAAGCUGUGUUAUUCUAUUCAGGAUUAUAUUAUGAAACUGAAGGAAUAAAGACAAUGUCUAGUCCA